AUUUCGUCUUUUGAAAAUUAGUAAAAAAUUACAAUGUCCACAAUAUAGCAUAAUAUAUUUACGAAAGCUUGCGAAAGUCAGAGCAGUCUAAACAGUCCCUAAACUACAUGUAAAUGGUUUUAAACUGCCCUUAAAACGAAGGGCACGCCCGGGCAAGCUUUUGAAAGUGGGUCAUGUCAAACCGGAAGCCAUCCAUUGAUUGUCCCGUAAUGUAUUUUCGCGAUGUUAUAAAAAUGCCAGGAAUCGUUAUUGGUAUCUCUAUUUGGCAAUAGAUAUCACUGUAUGUGUGUUGUUUUCUUAUUUUUAGUAUUUGAUAGUUCAUGUAGAUCUAUGAUUACUGUAGAUGUCCAUCUUUUUUAGGCGUCUUAAGACUAAGUCUUAGACUUUUAUUGAAUGUUGUUGCAGUUAAGUCAUACGGCAUGCAAUGAGUGACAUUCCGAGCCAAGAUCAGUUGAACACCCAACAAGAUUUGUUUGAUAGUGAGCAGGAUUUGUUUGACAGCCAGCAACCUGAACAGGACUUGUUUGACAGCCAACAGCUUGAAGAGUCGUUUGACAGCCAACACUCUCUGUUUGACACUGACAGCUCGCCGAACAGAACAUUUACUGAUCCGCCGAGUCCUAUAUUUCCCAAGCGCAGACGCAUUGCUCAUGUAGAUGUGACGUCAUCUCAGGCAUCAACAGUUCCACCUGAAGACGUGGUAUCAUCUGAUUCUCAAACGUCAACAGUUUCAUCAGAUACGGUCCCGUCAUUCCCAGCUUGGUUCAACAUUAUAUAUGAUGGAGAUGCAGCCAUAUAUACUUACCACCAUCUAGAUUCUGAUAUUGACUCAGCUGAUCUGCAGAUACUCAUAUAGGAAUUUAAGGUUUGCAAGAUGAACCAACUGAACAAACUGACAGUAUUUUCAAACAGCGAUCAUACCAAAACAGUGAACAAUGUUGAUAAAUUUGACCUCAGGUUUUUUGUCGAUAAAUAAAGAUUACUGUGUAUUAAAUUUUUUUUUCUGAAUUUCUGACAAGAUUGUAGUUAAAACUUUGUCAGAAUAAUUCCAUAGUUAAACAGCUCCAAAUUAAGGUGUUAUAACAAACUUUUAACACAAAGCUGGGAUUAUUAGACUAUGUACAUGCAUUGGCAGAAAAGUUCGCAAUUUUUCAGAUUUUCAAAAUCCAUUUUCUCCAUUACUAAUACAGAUAUCUUGAUGAAAAUAACACUAUAUUGCUGCAUUUUUCAAGAGCUUUAAUUUGAUAUAUAACACUCUAUGAUCAUCUAAAAUUUUGAAAAAUGUCCGACA